AUGUCGAGUCGACCGACCCUUGUCUUCAUACCAGGCUCCUGGCAUAGACCCACAUGCUACAGCCCGAUCAUUAAGCUCCUGGAGCCCAAGUUGAGAUGUGUCGCAGUGUCUCUUCCCUCGACAGCAAACAAUCCCAACGCGACCUUCAAAGAUGAUCUCGAUGCAGUCCAAGAUGCAAUUUUCGCUGAGACAAGCAACGGGCGCAAUGUCGUUCUCAUUGCGCACUCAUAUGGCGGCAUAGUGGGCAACAGCGCCAUCAAAGGCUUCACAAAGCCAAAGGAUGCUGAUGACAGUCAAUCAGGAUACGUGAUUGGGCUAAUCCUUAUAGCAUCUGGCUAUACCUUGACUGGGCUGUCCUUCAUGGAUCCAUUCUUCGGUCAUCCGCCGCCUUCCUGGCGUGUGAAUAACGAAACCGGCUAUGCUGAGCUUGUGGUUUCCCCACGGGAAUUUUUCUACCAUGACCUGCCAGAGGAAGAGGCAAAAUACUGGGUUUCUCAGCUGACGAGCCAGAGUUUGAAGGCAUUGUUCGAAGGCGGCGAGUACACCUAUGCUGGGUGGAAAGACGUGCCGUCUUGGUACAUUGGGACUGUGGAGGAUCGAGGUUUACCGGUGCUGGCUCAGCGGAUGUCAGUUGGUAUGGCGAGAGAAAUGGGCGCUAGUGUGGAGCAUCGAGAGCUGCAAACAAGCCAUUCACCUUUUCUGAGUCAACCCGGAUUGACGGUGCAAAUUAUUUUGGAGGCCGUUGAUGCAUUUACCAGUUCCAAUGACUCUAAGUCAGCCGUCAACGCCAAAGAUGCGAUAGUCGUGCCGGGCGCUGCUCUCUUGAGACCAUCGACAUGGUUCAAAUUUGGACUUCCAAUGGCCUUUGGCCGUGCGUUGGGCAGGUGUAUUCUUUUAUUUAGCUGGGUAAGGAGGCUAUGGAGAGCCGGCUUCCGGUGA